UCUCCUUCGAAUCGUGUGUGCGUCCCCCCGAGAAAGAGAGCAAGAGAGAUGCUCAAGAGCCGGGGGAAAUCGACGGCGAGGAAGCCGCUCGCCAAUAUCUCCAACGCCGGCAAGCGCUCGAGGCCCGGCAAGAAGAAGGCACCGUCGGCGGACGGGGACGAUGGCGGUGGCGCGAUCGAUCGCCUCCUCCUCGCACGAUCCGCCCUCUCGGAUCUUGUCGCUCAGGUGGAUGAACUAGUUGCUCAAGCUUUGGGAAAUAAGACAAUCAACAAAACUGGGAGCCAGGUUGUUGAGUCUUUCAGGAAUGAUUUAUGCACUAUCCAUUCCUCGCUGAAGGCAUGGGUCCCAAGACUCCAGCAAGCAUUUGCUGAAACUUCAACAGAAACUGAACAUAAGUCCAGACAAACGGCCAAUGUUUGUUCUGCUUCUUCUGAAUAUGGAGAAAGAACUGCUCUUUCCCCUGAUGAAAACAAAGACAUGCUUGAAGUUUCUCCAUCGCCUCUUGUAUCCUGGCGUCCUGGUACCUGUACCAUUGAUUGUGGAAGACAGCUGUUUUUGCUUACUCCGCUGCCAAAAUCAACAUUGUUAACAUCCAAACGACCAGGUUUAUUAAGAUCUACGCUUACAAGAACCACUAUUGCAGAUCGCCAUGUCUCCCAUGGAAUCCUGGCAUUGACAAAUGGUGCUAAUAAUGCUGAUGACAGAAGAGUAGUGGAGGGAGUGGCAACAUCAUUUGAAUUCUCUAAACCUUGCACCAAUGCAGGAAAUUCAACAACAGACACUGCGCUUAUGUCUCCUUUGAUCAUCUCAGACCAGAAGAUCACAACAAUUUCUGUUUCCAAACUAACUCCAUGCUUAAAGAAGACAUCACCAAAGACAUGCCAGUUACUUCACCCGACAUCUGAGGAAGAUGAUAUGAGCAAGAAUGGAGGUCCUCACACUUAUGACCCACCUAGUGACGAAGUCAUCGACAAUCUGGCUUCUAAAUAUCAAGCACUCCUUGGAUUGCAGACUAAUUACAGUCAUGCAGGCCGAAGAAAAGAGGUAGAUGAAAGCCUCGAUUGGUUCCUUUCACCCCCAAAGACAUGUAUCUUAAUGGAACCAUCAGAUGGGAAGCUGAUUCCUACACCAACAAAUGUCAUUGCACUUGCCACUCCUAUGUGGAAUGGUUUUGAGAGCACAUUCAAAAAAACCAAAAAUGUUGGUGAGAACACACUAAAGAGGGAGCUGUGGACUAAAUUCGAAGCUGCAACAAGUAGUGAGUUGCAUUUCAAUGCUUCUGUUCUCCAAAAUACAACAAAGAAGGGGUUUCUAGACAUGCUUGAAGAGGUCUCUUGAAUCUAGGGAUGCUCUAGAUUCACAUCAGCAUCUCUCAUUUGUUGUAAACUUGUUGUUUCAUUUGAUGUUCAAUUAGUUAAAACUUUAGUUACUGUUUCAAAUGAUCAAAAUUCACCUUUGAUCUAUUUUUGAGAAUUUACAAAGUUCU